AUGGAAGAGGCGGUGAGGAAACGACCAAUAAUCUCUGCUAGAGAAAGAGGCCCCGGCCCCGGACGCUACGCUCUGCCCCCUACAGUUGGAUAUAUCAACCAUGAUUUCACCAAGCCCAGCAGCCCUGCAUACUCCUUUCACAGCCGCAUGAGCAGUGCCAUGGUCUCUGUAGACUCCAGCCCAGGACCAAGGUACCACAUUGGUGCCAAGGUUACCCGCUUUGGCCGGAUGGAGACGCCGUCCUACUCUAUUUCAGGCAGAGGAAGACAUGCUGGGAACAAAGAUGAACAGUUUCAGACUCCAGGACCUGGGGCCUACAGCCCAGAGAGAGCUCCACCUCUCAACGCUCACCGCAGAACUCCAUCCUACACGAUCGGAGCCAGAACAAGAUACCGAUCAGUCGAUGCUGUACCAGCCCCCAACAGCUACAGUCUUCCCAUCCUGCUGGGCUCUCAGGUUCCCCACAAACCCUCUAGUGCCAGUUACACUUUCUCGAGCCGGAGGAUGUUUGGCGCGCCCUCUGAAGAUCUUGCCAUGACUCCCGGACCGGGAAAGUACAACAGCACAAACCCAGACGUCUACCGAAGCCGCCAACCCUCCUUCUCCAUCCAGAGCCGGACUAGGAGACCCAGUUAUUCCUCUGCUGUUCCAGGGCCGGGCGCAUACAGCCCGGAGAUCAUUCAUAUGCAUCUUCCUAAACCCCCAGCCUUCAGUAUGGGAAUUAGACACUCUGAGUUUGUAACCCCACUUGUGGUGGAUGUGACUGACUGA